AUGGGUGUGAUGGGCCGACAUUUCGUCGACUUAUAUCCGCAAGAUGGCUCCUUCAAUUGGCGACUAAUCCCCUUCAUCUUGAUCUGGGUCGCCUUUGCUAUUGUGGUAGUGAUAUGGCUGCUGGUCACGCUGUUCGUCCCCUUCCCACGCAAACCCAGACCUUCCGAGAAGAAAUUCACUACGGUCGACAAGACGGGCGAUGUGACAGAGCCCGAACCCCUACCCUGUUGGUAUGACGACCUGCUACGAAGAUAUGGCAAGGCGACACGGGAAGAGCAGGAAAUCGAGCUCGAGACUGAGAUCGAACCGGCCGAGUUAUUCAUGACGCUGGUCGUGCCGGCGUUCAACGAGGAGGACAGACUCACAGGGAUGCUGGAGGAGGCGGUCAAUGUCCUAGAGACCGAAUAUGGGUCGGCGGCGGCAGCUAGCCUGAAGACUGCAGCUAAGGAUACAAGCCCAUCAACUACGAGGGCCGUCGAUGCAGAUGGGGAUGCGAAAGCGACAACGGCUAUACGGCGCAGGAAGGCGAACGGCGUGAAAUCCUCGUCGUCGUCAUCGUCGUCUCCGCCGCUUCGAGGUUGGGAGAUCCUGAUCGUUGACGAUGGCUCGACGGACCACACCGUAUUGACGGCCCAGACUUUCUCGCGCGUCCACAUCCUACCGAAACACCCACGCCGGCUCUCCGGCCCGUGGACACACCGCAGCGAGACCGGGGUCAAGAUCCCGCCAGGGUCGGUCCGGGUGGUGUCGCUCGAGGAGAACCGCGGCAAAGGCGGCGCGGUGACGCACGGCAUGCGCCACGCACGCGGUCAGUACGUGGUCUUCGCCGACGCGGACGGCGCGACCAAGUUCUCCGACCUGGACAAGUUGGUGCGGGCGUGCCAGGAGAUCGAGGACGAGCAGGGCCGCGGCGUCGCCGUCGGCAGCCGUGCGCACCUCGUAGGCAGCGAGGCCGUGGUCAAACGGUCCAAGCUGCGCAACUUCCUCAUGCAUUCCUUCCACCUGCUCCUGAAAUUCAUGACUCCUCCCCAGACGGCGCGCAUCAAGGACACCCAGUGCGGCUUCAAGCUGUUCUCCCGCCCCGCCCUGCCCUACAUCGUGCCGCACAUGCACAUGGACGGCUGGAUCUUCGACGUUGAAAUGCUGAUGCUGGCCGAGUUUGCCGGCAUCCCUGUCGUCGAGGUCGCCGUCGGCUGGAAGGAGGUCACGGGCAGUAAGUUGAACGUCAUCCGGGACAGUGUCGGCAUGGCCGUCGGCCUGGCCAUUCUUCGCCUCUGCUGGGGAACGGGCAUCUAUAAUCGGUGA